UAACACAAAAUGAAUGUUACGAGACGUGUUUGUGUGAAAUUCUAAUGUGACGUGUCUGCUCUCUGAAGUUUCGGUUGUGUUCCCUCGUGAAAGCUUAGUUAAAGUAGUCCAUUGUUGCGCUGAUAACACAGAAGAACAAGAAUGGGGGCUGGAGCAUCAUCAUCAGCAUCAGAAGCAGCCAAAGUUUCAGGCAUCUUCGUAUACCCAAUCAAGUCAUGCCGUGGAAUCUCUCUUUCCCGUGCUCCCCUCACUCCUGCUGGACUUCGAUGGGAUCGACAAUGGAUGGUGGUGAAUUCCAAAGGGAGGGCAUUCACUCAAAGAGUUGAACCAAAGCUUGCUUUGGUUGAGAUUGAACUCCCAACUGAGGCAUUUCUUGAAGACUGGGAACCUACACAUGAUUCCUAUAUGGUGUUGAAAGCACCUGGGAUGCAACCUCUCAAAAUUUGUUUGAGUAAACAACAUGAAGUAACAGAUGCUGUCACAGUAUGGGAAUGGACUGGGUCUGCCUUUGAUGAGGGAGCUGAAGCAUCACAGUGGUUCUCAGAUUAUUUAGGAAAACCCUGCCAACUGGUCCGGUUCAAUACCGCUUCAGAAGUUAGACAAGUGGAUCCUGAUUAUGUUGGGGGACAUCAUAAGACCUUGUUCUCUGAUGGUUAUCCAUUCUUACUCAUAUCUCAGGAUUCACUGGACGCACUAAACGAGCUUCUAAAGGAACCCAUACCUAUUAAUCGUUUUAGACCCAAUAUCCUCAUUGAAGGUUGUGAACCAUUUUCCGAGGACUUGUGGACAGAGAUCAAGAUAGGCAGGUUUACAUUUCUGGGUGUCAAGCUGUGUGCCCGUUGUAAGAUACCUUCAAUCAAUCAAGAGACCGGGAUAGGUGGACCUGAACCAAAUGAAACUCUUAUGAAAUAUAGGUCUGGCAAAGUCAUAAGAAAUGGUAAAAAUAAAAACCAGUUCUACUUUGGUCAGAAUGUGGUAUGGAACUGGAAGGAUUCUUCUGCUAAAGAGAGUGGAAAGAUCCUUGAAGUGGGAGAUCCUGUUUAUGUUAUCGGAAAAGUCACUUCUGCUGCUGAAGCAGCUGCAUGAACCUAUGUAUGUAGUAUCUGCACUGAUCCUAUACCAGAAAUUAGAAGGCUACAAACUUUAUCAAACAUUAGUACACCUGUGCCUAUGAUGAAAAUAAGAGAUUACUGGCUUUGUGUAGUUGUAACUUGUAUUGCAUCUACCAUGUCUUUUAUCCAAAUAAAUCCAUAACAUUAAGUUUAGAAAUGG